AUGGGUUAUCAGCCUACCAUUAUACUUGUAAGCAAUUUCAAAAAGUCAAAUCUUCCUGGGGUAUGGUACUUCUUCUUUGGAAUCACACUUCGAUGUAUAACUAAUAGAAGUUUUGGUCUCGAUAAGGCAAAGCUCAAAUUCUACUAUGUUAUGGCUUCGAAUGAUGAAGAGACUUCAAACAAAGCUUUAUCACCAAUAAAUACCUUUGAGGCCGAUAGAGAUAGUGAAGAGAUAGAAGAUGAUUUCUUUCGUAAUGAUGGUCAAACUUUUAGUGUUUCACCUAGAAAGGAUACCAAUGUCAAAUCAAAUUUCAAGGAGAUACGUAUUCCUGAUUUCAGUGUCAAUGCAUCUGAUGCGGAUGUAAACACCAAUUCUAGUGAACCUAUUAUCAUUUCACUCCCUGAGAAGAUAAUAAUCACACCAGCCAAGGUUUCUAUUUCUGAGCCCAAUGUGGAGGAGGGUAGGACUUCAAACAUCACCAAGAACUUAUCUAAUAAGGAAUCAAAUGUAAUCAUAGGUGAAGGGAGUUCGACAUUAGAAAUCGAGACUACAGUUGUUCCACCACCACCACCUUCGUCACCAUUACAAACCUACAUAAUCCCUCCAAAAUCAGUUCCAUCUGUCUCAACAACAUUUCAAGAAGUGAUGAAUGAACCACUUACUACAAUGUUCUCUUCUCAAUCCACAAAUUUUGAGAUGUAG